GAAGGAAGAAAGGAAGCAUAGAUACUGUCAAAGAACAGAGCCAAGAAUGCAAAACAGAAGUUACGCUGAAGUGGUAAAGGGCUUGCAAGACAAAAGAAAUGAAAAGGAAACAAGAACACAGUUGAAGAAGAAUCACAUUAGUCAAAGGAAGAGCAGCAACAGAAACAGAUCCCGAGAUCGACUUGAGGACAACAGGAAUAUCUGGCAAGUGAGAGGAAGAGGUGACAAAUGGUCUGAAAUAAAGUAUAAUGUCAAACAAGAAGACUACACAUGGUUAGAUGAAAGCUAUGUGGGAAUGGUACAUUCUGUUGAAAUGGUUCGUAACCUUCAGGAAAGAUGUCAAUGGUUCGUAAGCUACAUGGAGGGAUAUUUUCUUGUCGAAUCUGAGCUAUGGCGGGGAGUACCACUUAAUGUACGGGGCCCAGAUUUCUUUGCAACCAUGGGUUGCUUAGGAGGAAAAUUCAUUUGCUUAGAUGAUAACACAAGCAAAAGAAGAAGAUUUGACAUUACAAGGUUCUUGAUUUCGACUCCAAUUAUGAACACUAUAUCGGUUAAGCAUCAAGUUAAAAUCAAUGAAUCCUUGUACAACAUUAAAUUCACUGAGGAGGAGUUCACUAAGAGCUUUUUCUCCUUGAAAAAAGACUUCAUUCCCACCUUCCAAAGUGAUUCGGAUGAACACGAAUCAUGCUCUGUUGACAAUGAAAAGGAGGAACAUGAUCUUGAAGAAGCACUAGAGGAAGAACAUGAUAAAGCAAGAGAUGGUAGUACAGAGCUAGAAGAUGUUGACAUGGACAACUAUAGUAAAGAGAGUAACAAUCGACUUUUGCUAAAAGCAAUACAAACUGAGGAAAAGUCAACAGAAGCUGUGCUUGACAGCUUGGAACAAUUUCAAGUUCAAAUUGAUGUAGAGAAUAAAGGAGGGGUAGAGAGAGUAGCGCGAGAACUUGGAUAUUUUGAAGUGUCACAAGAUGUCGAUGAAGUUAAUGGGAAGAAGUUGGGCCCGAAUGAGCAGGAAGAGACGAGACAAAGUGAGGAGCCCAAUAAAAAAGAUGAAAGCCCACAAUAUGAAGAAUCAACCAACAUGGGCUUGAUUGACAAAAGAAUAGUGGAAACAAGCUCAAUAGGAGAUAAAAGCAAGGAGAAGUCUAGAAACAGAGAGUGUGUUACUGCAAUAAAGGAAGGUGAGAUAGAGACCUAUUCUGGAAAGAUAAUGCAACGAAUUGAAGAAAUGGAGAGCAGAGACGGACAAGCAAAGACAACCAUGGUGAAUCAGGAGGUUGAUGACCCAAGGAAGUGCCUAGGGGGAGACUCCAGUGCUAUAAGAAGUGUAAGGGAGAGGACAGGGAGCAAUGGGAAAUCUAGGGAAAUGGUGGAAUUUGGCUAUUUUACCAAGGAUGCUGGGAUUGAUAGAUUCUUGCUAUCAGAAGAAUGGCUUAUGAAAUGGACUGAUGUAAAGCAAUGGGACUUGAAUAGAUCUAUAUCAGAUCACUGUCCUAUCCUGCUAAAAGAGGAGAAAAUUAAUUGGGGGCCAAAACCAUUCAAGUUUUUUGAUGCCUGGCUGGAGCAAUCUGGGUGCAAAGAGACGAUCAGGAAUGUAUGGAAUUCUACUGUGAUCAAGGGUUGGAAGGGGUUCAGGCUUAAGGAAAAACUAAAGAAAACUAAGAAAGCCUUCAAAAAAUGGAGUGCUGAUGCCAUGAAAGAAGUGGACGAUAAGAUUAAUGAGGUUGAAGUGGAGAUAGCUACCUUGGACAAGAAAGGGGAGAACACCCAACUCUCUGCAAAGGAUAUCAAAAUGAGAAGAAGAAGUUUCCUCAACCUAUGGAAGAAUCUCAAAAUUAAGGAAAAAGAGAAGUGGCAAUGGCCAAAGCUAGAUGGCAUUAAUUUCAAACAAAUCUCUUACAAAGAUAAUGAAUUCCUCAUGACACCAUUCUUUGAAGAGGAAAUUAAACAUGCAGUUUGGGAUUGUGACUCCACCAAAUCCCCAGGUCCAGAUGGGUUCAACUUCAGGGAACAAUAUAUGGCUUUCAUCGAAGGUAGACAAUUGAUGGAUGGUGUGGUGAUUAUAAAUGAGGUGAUUGAUGAGGUGAAGAAGAAGAAGAUGAAGAGCUUCUUAUUCAAAGUCAACUUUGAAAAGGCAUACGAUAAGGUGUGUUGGGAAUUCAUCGAUUAUAUGCUAUUAAGAAUGGGAUUCAAUGUUACUUGGAGAAAAUGGAUACAAGAAUGUCUGCAAUUAAGCACAAUUUCAAUCCUUGUUAAUGGAAGCCCAACAAGACAAUUCCCAGUGAGUAAAGGAAUAAGGGAACAAUAUAUGGCUUUCAUCGAAGGUAGACAAUUGAUGGAUGGUGUGGUGAUUAUAAAUGAGGUGAUUGAUGAGGUGAAGAAGAAGAAGAUGAAGAGCUUCUUAUUCAAAGUCAACUUUGAAAAGGCAUACGAUAAGACUCCUUUAAGCAGAAGUUAUCCUAUUGGAAAGGUUGAUAUCUCUCCUUUGGAGGCCGAAUCACGCUCAUUAACUCUGAGUUUCUUAUGGAAAGAGGAGGGAGAGUUAAGAAAAAUUAACUGGGUUAGUUGGGAGAUGGUUUGUAGACAAAAAGAGGAUGGAGGGCUCGGAGUGAGAGAUCUAAAGAAGUUCAAUUUAGCAUUGAUGGGGAAAUGGUGGGGACAUUUAGCAUCUAAAGAGGAGGGGUUGUGGAAGAGAGUAAUCAUAGGAAAAUAUAGAGAGGAAGGGGGACAUUGGAUGGAUUGGGUAAGAGAUGGUAGAGGAGUAGGAUCAUUAUGGUGGAGAGAUGUUUGUAGCAUCAAUACUAGGGCCAAGGAGAAUGUUGGAUGGUUGGCAAAGGGUUUUAGACUAAAGAUAGGAGAGGGAAAAGGUGAGAAAGAAUGCUACCAAAUGGGCAAUACGAAGAAUGGAACAUGGAGAUGGAACCUUGCAUGGAGAAGAACUUUGUUCGAGUGGGAAAAGGAAGUUGUUAAGGAACUCCAUAGGAUGAUAGAUAAAGUGAAGAUCUCUUCUGGCUACCCUAAUAAAUGCGAAUGGAUUUAUUAUAGCAAGGAUGGCCACUACUCAAUGAAGAUAGCUUACUCGAUGUUGGCAAAAGAACAAAGUGGAUCCAAUGGAGCAAAAAUCUUUGAGAGGAUAUGGAAUUCUAUGCCCUCGAGCAAAAUUUCCACCUUCAAUUGGAGAUUAAUGCUGGAUAGAAUUCCAACUAAAGGCAACUUACUCAAAAGAGGAGUCAUUAAGAAUACCGAAGAUAGGAAAUGCAUUUUCUGUGAGGAAAAGGAAGAGGAUUCCAACCAUUUAUUCUUAAAUUGAAAAAGUGCUAGAUGGCUUUGGAAGGCAUGUGCUGAAUGGUGGAGGAUCAUAGUAACGAUUAACAAAGAGCAUUGGAAAACCUUUGAACAAACUAGCCCAUGGACCAAAGAUCAAUGCACAACAGAAAGUUGGGAUUGCAUAUGGAAUUUAGUGGUAUGUCAAUUUGGCUAGCAAGAAAUAGUAAGAUCUUCC